UGCUUUUCCUCCCCUGUCCGUCAGUUUCUGCUAGGUGUGAAUCCUUCGGCUUUUUUUAGUAAGCCACAGCUAAGAAAUCAUCUCCUUAGCCUUGAUUUAACUUGGGUUACUCUAAUUUUUGGUUGUGGUUCUUGAAUUUUGGGUAGUUUCCAUGAGUUUCCCUGCAGAUCCCGUCGGCUCUCCAUCUGCCAGCUCCAGUUGUGCUUGCCAGAAUUUUUUGGAUGUAUAAGGCCUUCCACAUUAGAGUGGCGCAGCGGAAGCGUAGUAGGCCAUGUUCUGAUCAUAGAAAAUCGGUGAGGCAUUUGUUUUGUCUUAGAUUGUGUGAAGCCAUUCACCAGUCUAGAUGAUCCUAGAUUUGAGUUUUGGGGACAAAACUCCUUUUUAGAAGGGGUGAAUCCUUCGGCUUUUUUUGCUGGGUAUGAAUCCUUCGGCUUUUUUUGGUAAGCCACAGCCAAGAAAUCAUCUCCUUAGCCUUGAUUUAACUUGGGUUACUCUAAUUUUUGGUUGUGGUUCUUGAAUUUUGGGUAGUUUCCGUGAGUUUCCCUGCAGAUCUCGUCGGCUCUCCACCUGCUAGCUCUGGUUGUGCUUGCCAGAAUUUUUUGGAAGCGAAACCGAGGACGGGGAAACCAAGGGGAGUGACGAGGUAGAAGGCUAGUCAUUCUAAUUGGAUAUAAGUUUUAGAUUUUAUCAUCCUUUUGUAAGGUAGAUUUUAUUCUUGAGAUUUUGUGAAUUGAAUAAGUUCCGAGCCUUGUGCACUUGUGAGACCCGUCUCACGAGUGCACGGCGUCUGCCACGUCCCCGGAUUUGGGUUCUGGGGCGUGACAGAUAUCAUAUAAAAAUUAAAUAUGUGG